GCCCAACCAGCGACUCAGACAGUGCGUGCUGGUGGAGGUAAGGGAACAGUUUGUCGCCAUCUCCGCGUUCCUUCGUUCUUCCCUGUGAUGUGAUGGUGGUCGCAUCAGAGCUCCCCAAUGUGGGAAUUUAAGUUUAAAAGAGUGUGAAAACGGAAAAUAAGAAAGAAGGCAAGAACGAUAAUGACACAACGAGAAUUUCUAACGCGGGGACAUGAAAAGGUCUUCACUUGACAGAUGGAUUUUGGUACGCUUUCCCUGAGGUACAUGGUGCGUGGGAGUCAGAAGAUAGAGUGGCAGAGAGAUUCAGUGGAGGCGCUGGACAGGAACUUAUCCAAAUGGCCCCAGCGUGGAAGAGUACAGUGGAACCUCAGAGGUCUGGCCUGGUCAGCAACCCAAAUCAACAUGAAACCAGAAGUAGCAUACGUAUUUGCACCUCAUGAAGCUUAUUUUUAAUUGCCAAAGAGAAUAAAACUGUCUCUGUCACAGCAGAUGCAAAAGGUGAGCAAUAUAUGGAAUCUAGCUUUCCAUUGAUAAAAACUUGAAAUACUAUCAAAAUUAGAGAAAGGGACAUGCAUUAGUGCUUCUGUUAAAAAUACAAUGUGCGGAAUUCAACAGUUUGAUAUAAAGAAUGACAAGACCAAAAGCAUGCAGUUCACAAAAUAUACCGAAGCAGCAAUCUGAAAAUAAUUGUUCUAAAGAGACCUAGAUUAUGGUAUACCACUGUAGAAUGAGAAUAGACCGUUAAAGAAUAAGGCUACAUAAAUGUAAGUAAAUCAUUGCUUCAAAUGAUGAAAUUUCACAUUGCUUUCAAUGUUAUCUUCAAUGUUUCAAUCACUAUUUCAGAGACCUUUAUAUUGCAGAGGUUCUACCACAUGAGCUAUAAUAUGUGAGAUGGCAAGAUGCCAUGUAACUACUUAAACUCUAUGAUGGUAGCCAAGCUGAAAGCAGAGAUAAAUGGAACUUCCCUUCUAAAUGAAUCAAAAGGCGUGUUUAUUAAGGGAAUGGAUUAUUUUCAUUUAUGCUCUAGGCAUUAUGUAACUCCAGGAUCCAACUCACAACAUGUGCACUUCUGUGAACAGAAAAGGAAGAUAUAGGGUGAAAACUGUGGCAAUACUGAACUAUUCAUCCUUUGAUGUAAGACUUCCCUGAGAACAACUGAAGAAAAUUCAAUCACGACCUUGCUCUCUUGCUAUCAACUUUGCCUCUUCAAAACACUGUUAGAGCUUCUGCUCUAUAUGGAUUACUCAAGUCUUGGUGGGCUCACAGCUGACCCCAAGUGGAGCCUGGGGAACUAACAACCAAAAAGAGUAUAUUUGAACUCAGAUGAUGGGCAGCCCCAGCAGCCCGAUGUCUGUGGGUUUAGGCUCCACUACAGCCUCACUGGACACAGGCCAGCUCGGCGGACUGGUAGCCUGGCAGGGGAACACCUCCAUCAACAUUAAUCAGAGCCAUAACCGGAGCCAGAUGGACCCCAGUGUGACCAUGAAGGAGAAGAACUGGCCGGCCCUGCUGAUCCUGGUCAUCAUCCUCCUCACCAUCGGUGGAAACAUCCUGGUCAUCCUGGCGGUGUCGCUGGAGAAGAAGCUGCAGAACGCCACAAACUUCUUCCUGCGCUCGCUUGCCGUGGCCGACAUACUGGUGGGCAUUCUGGUCAUGCCCAUCUCACUCAUCAAUAUACUGUACGAUUACGCCUGGCCUCUGCCCAGCGCACUCUGCCCCAUUUGGAUCUAUCUGGACGUGCUUUUCUCCACCGCCUCCAUCAUGCACCUGUGCGCCAUAUCGCUAGACCGCUACGUGGCCAUCCGCAACCCCAUCGAGCACAGCCGCUUCAACUCCCGCACCAAAGCUAUGAUGAAGAUCGCGGCUGUCUGGACCAUUUCCAUAGUGAUCUCCAUGCCUAUCCCUGUGAUCGGGCUCCUUGAUGAAGAGAAGGUGUUUGUGAAUGGGAGCUGCGUGCUGAACGAGGAGCGCUUCAUGCUCGUGGGCUCUUUCGUGGCCUUCUUUAUCCCACUGAUCAUAAUGGUGGUGACAUACUGCCUUACAGUGCAGGUGCUGCAGCGCCAGGCCUCAGACCUCCUGUACGAGAGUAAGGUCCCGGUCUCCCAGCAAGCCCUGCAGCCGGUCCCUCCGCCCCAGACUCAGCCCAGGCGCAGCAGCCUCAGCUGCCUAAAGCUGGAGCCGUCCCUCUCCACCACGCCCUCCAACAGCAUUUCCGUCAUACCCGGCUCAGAGGCCCCCUCCCAGUUUAGCUCUCCCGGGGGGCGGGACAUGGGGGGCCAUGGAAGGCGGGGCAUGAUGCAGGCCAUAAAGAAUGAGAGGCGGGCCUCUAAGGUCCUGGGCGUGGUGUUCUUCCUCUUCCUGGUGAUGUGGUGCCCGUUUUUCAUCACCAACGUCAUGUACGUGCUGUGCCGGGGAGCUUGUAACGAGUCUCUGCUUGGGGAGCUCCUCAACGUCUUCGUGUGGGUGGGCUACAUCUCCUCGGGGAUCAACCCACUGGUCUACACCCUCUUCAACAAGACCUACCGGCGGGCUUUCUCCAACUACAUGCGCUGCCACUAUCCGGGAGCGGGGCUCAAACCCCACAGCGCCCACCCCCCCUGCCCAUCAUACACAGUCACGCCUACUCUCCCGUGCGGAAAAGAGAGCGUUGACCGCAACAGCAACUGCCACAACGGGGAAGGGAGUCUGCUUGGGGGCCCGGAGGCGGACGACAUGGACGACAGGCUGGAGCUGAGGCCAGAGAUGUCCGAGGUUUCCAUCAACAGCAGCCUUGCCCCCGGGGAGCACACCAGCUUCAUGUGAUAUGACUUCCGUCCCGUCUGCCACCACUCCCUAGUGGUGCUGUGGCAAAAAACGGGCAGGAAAUGGCACACCUCACUGUGUGUGUGUGUGUGUGUGUAUGUGGGCAGGACAUGGCACACCUCACUGUGUGUAUGUGUGUGUGUGUACACUAUAGGACACAGGCAGGGAGAGCCGAGCAUGAGCAGAGACUCACCAAGGAACCCUUGAUCGGGGUAAUCCACACACACACACAAAUAAAUGGACAAAAUGGUUCUGCGGUUUAACAGAAUGCAUUAUUUUGCAUUACGUUUCAAAUGAAAUUCACUUGUCCUUGGACAGACUGUAUUACCAUACAGUUAUUGGACUAACCUGGCAGCUGUGCACAAGAUUGUUUAAAAACGCAUAUCAGGAUGGAACCGUGGAGUCACAUCACCCCCAAGUGGUGGCAGGGACAAUUUGCUCUAGACUGGUACUGCUGAAUUUACACAAGUAGUAUAGCUGUAUAUGACUGGACUAUGAACAAUGUUGGUAAAAAUAUGCUGUUGUUUCAGAAAAAAGGCAUUCAAUUUAAUUUGCAGCUGUUACAUUUAUAAAUAUUUGCAUAAAUCCAAAAAUAGCAUUAAACUGGGCCUACUAGAUUAAUAUGUCAAUGUGUUCAGAACAUUGUAAUUGCUGAUCAGCCAUUACAAACACCCACUCUCUAACCCCAGGUGGAAGAUUCCAUCAAUUACCCUGGCACUAUUAGAUAAUUAGCUGCAUGCACCAAAGACAGUUCAUUCAUAUAUUUUACCACAGAAACACAAUUCAGACAGGGACACAAGAGCAGAGCUAAUCAAGAGAUUUAGAAUAUCAGAUUGAGUAAAUGACUGUGAUUAAGUAAUCAAGAGCAGAUGUUGGCAUCAAAUCCAGAAACAGAAAUGACCCUCCUUUUCCACCCCUGCUCAGACUCACAACCCCAAUAUUUACCGUUCCUUUGGCUGCAGCACCAGAAACGAGCUGUCGUCUAAACUCUUCAUCUCCAUUCCUCUUUAACAUGUACACAUUUAGCGCACUGCAAAUAGUGAGAUGCAUUUUGUGUUGCACUCUAAAAUAUAAAUGGGUGGUCAAAGUUGUAGGUUUGCACUCCAGGAUUAUGUCUGAAGUAAUGGUUUACUUCAAGCCCUAAAUAGUCACAGAGAGGUCUAUACACACCAGAGGGAUUGUGGUUCUGCACAAUGACUGAUUCCCUGUAUUUGUAAUUGGUUGUCAUUUAUGAUUUGCCCUUUGUUUUCACUCUGAAAACAAAAACAGAUAUUCACUCCCAUAGUCCAUCAUCUGGUGUAGGUUAUAUUUUCAGACACUGUUAAGGUCAGUGCUGUCUAUGAUAUAAUAUGGGAAAAUUAAAUGCUGAGGUGGAGAGGGGUGUUUUGUAUGUCUCUGGGUUAGGUCUAUAAAUCUAUCUGAAAUGUAGACAGAAACAUGUCCUCGUUCAGACUGUGAAGGCGGUCUGGAAAGGCCCGAUUGUGUUUUUGUGAUUACCUAAAGAGUGAAAAGCUAAUCUGUUUGUUGCUAGAUACAAGCUUUAUAUGUUCGAUUUUUCACUGUGUACUUAGAGAUUAUGACUUGUCUUUAAAUGACAUUUUCCAAAACUAUUUUGUUUACCAUUACAUAUGUUUCUGUAAAGCAAUUGUGUAGUUUUUCUGUUUAUUUUUACAGUCUUUUCACAGUUUAUUUUUUUGUGACGGUGCUAUUUAUUUAUUAAAACGGUAUUUGUACAGCCUGUGAUUCAUUUCCUCGAUAGUUGCGACGUUUUCGAUGUGCAUGUGUGGGGCUUUCCUGCAUCAGUGUAUAGAUGUCAGAACCCAGUCUGAAAGGACUUCAGUGUCUGUAGGUUUCCUUUCAAUCCGCUGAAAGUUUAGGUCUUGGGAAGAUGGUGUGUGAAUUACUUGGUCAAUCAAUAAAUGAAAUGAAUUGCUGGUGCUGGAACACUGAAAACCAGCAGACACUGCGGCCAUCCAGGACUGGAGUCUGGCACCGAGUACUAAGGAGUAUAGUGGUUUCCUACAGAAACAGUUUUGAUAGUGUGUUACUUUGUUUUAGGGGAGGUGGUACGCUACUAUAAAAAGGUAGUCAACAUUUGGUGAUGCAUAGGGAAGCUAAAACAUAGGGUAUGUCCCUGUAGCUCUAUGGACAUUUUUUGGACAGAGGCCAUUAAGAACAUGAAUCUACAUUACGGUUGGAAAGUUUAAUAAGAACAUCGGAACACCGCCCCCCUAUAAUUUCUUGAAGGGACUGAGUGAACAUGCUUGCUUCACUCUGUCGGGAUGCACAAGGGCCAAUCCAUUUCAUGAUUUCCUGCCAGCUUCUGCUCUUAAUUAUUUAACCCAAUCUUUUCAUUUGUUCUCACAUUUUUGACACGGUUGUGAGCUAUGGUUGAUGACUGUGAAUGUAUCCUUUAUGACAAUGCUGUAAUGUGAUCUAAUAUAGGAGAGAUCAAAGAGUGGUAUAUCUGGCUGUUUAGAAUGUGGAACCAGAAUAAUUGGUUUGAGCAAAAAGCGACACACCAGCUAUCCAGGAAUAGGUUGUGCAUCCCUGCUUUAAAGUGUAUUACCCAUGAAUUUCAAAUGGAGGUGUGUCAUAAAAGCUCCAGUUUCCUUGUCAUCUGAAGGGUGCAAUACAAGAAUUUAAAACAUCUACAAAACUGUAUAUGAGGACCAAACAGAUUUCCCUGUUCUAAGGAAUCUCGAUCAGCUGUGAUUUCUGUCAAGUGUUGCCCUUGUCUCUCUCAUUUAUUUAAGUGGUAGAGCUACACGAUACAGCUGUUCAGGAUGAGAUCAGCACCAUGGACAGCACCUGAUGGAGGGCCUGCCUUUGGACUAAAUAUUUACUUGGCUGGGGUAGAAUACAGGUAGUGAACAAUAAAAAUGCAAUACUAAUAGUCAAUCAAUACAGUAUUGGGUCACUCUAAAGGCAGAACAUUCUGCAGUAGAAAUACAACACUAUUCUUCCAUCAGUCAGACAGCUCAAGAUUAGAUGAUAGCAGUGGAAAAAAACACCCCAGGUGUCAUUCCACAACGUACCACAAUGACUGAGAAGGCUGUAAAAUGGAUAUGGAUAGCAUCAGUGUCAUGCUCCUCAAACCACUGGGGUGACAACACUUACUCUGUGGCUGGAGCCACUAUUAUCUUUAGGAAAUAAAUACAUUAAAAUGUGUGUUGAUGUCUGACAUAAACAUCGUCUUCUUAAGGAAUGAGUGCACCCAGACAAUUACAGAACCACCAGAACCCUUUGCUGUUGGAAGAAAUGUUUUGUGUUUCCACGUUUUGCAAUGCAGUUAUGCAGAUCAUAUUUGAAAUACUUCUCCUCCCAGUCACCUAAAUAAAUCCCAUGUUUUACCUUUAAUGUACCAAAGUAUAACUACAUACUGUAUUCUUGCUCUUGAUGUGCUUUCUUGUUUUAUUUUGUCGCUGUAGAUUUGAGUGAAUGGAGUGGGAGUGUGUUGUCUUUAAGUCUUGAAAUCUUAAGCCAGAUCCACUCAAUCACUCAAUCUCCAACUACUCAAAUUGUAAGUGUUUACAGAAGCACAUGAAUGCAAAUUCAAAAUUGUAGUUUUUAUAUUAAUAUAUGCAUAAAACAUUUUUUGUUUUUGGUGCACAUUUCAAAAUUGCAAUACCUAAAUCACAUCCGCUGCAAUAAACAUAUUGACAAUAAUAUGUGAAUAAACACUCAUGUCUCCUG